GCUUUUUACAUAGGUCCUACAUGCAAAGCAAAUAGCUAUACACACAAUAUUAGACUUUGACUUGCUCCAUUCUUGACUAUUCUCUGUGUCUCACACUGAAGAGAGAUGAGCAAUUCAUUCUAAGGCUAAAUAGCUAGAAAAUAUUCAUUCAAACUUGAACAUUUUUCAGAGAGAGCCUGGGGCGAUUCUAAUUAGAGGAAGAAACAGAAGGGAAGCAAAUCCCAGAUGUUUUCCACAAGAGCCCUCCUUUUGGCUGUUGUGGCUUCCACCGCGCUGGCUGGGCCGUGGGCCAGCAUGUGUGCCGGGAAGUCCUCCAACGAGAUCCGGGCGUGUGACAGCCACGGCUGCGGGCAGUACUCUGCUCACAGAAAUCAGAGGACUCACCAGGGUGUGGAUGUCCUGUGCCCCGAGGGAUCUACCGUGUAUGCACCAUUUACUGGAAUGAUCGUGGGCCAGGAGAAACCUUAUAAAAACAAAAACGCUAUCAAUAAUGGUGUUCGAAUAUCUGGAAGAGGUUUCUGCAUCAAAAUUUUCUACAUCAAGCCAAUUAAGUAUAAAGGUUCUAUCAAGAAGGGAGAGAAACUGGGAACUCUAUUGCCCUUGCAGAAAGUUUACCCUGGCAUACAAUCACACAUACACAUUGAGAACUGUGACUUAAGUGAUCCUACUGCAUACCUGUAAACGGAAGACAAAGGACCACCUCUUCUAAGUAGAAAGUCGUCUUCUUAAAAACCUGGAUGCAUAUCCUGCUUUUCAAGAAAUUUGUGUUCAAAUAGAAACGUGAUAAAUGCAAAAAAUAAAACAGUAUUUCGAUUUCAA